CACUCUCACACAGACACAACUUAGCUCGACACCAGGGAGGACGUGUAGCCACAGCCUGACACAAUGCUUUACAGAACACACUCCAACUUUCUAGCUGCCGGACAUAUCAGGACAUCCUCUGUCCCACAAACCUGUGACAGUUUAGUGAAAUGGAAAUGCAUAAUGAAUCGGCAUUUCGCCUGUAGUUUAAUACCGAGCCCAACUUCCAAAAUGGUAGAAGAGGUUGUUGUCGAGCUUUACGGUGUUGUCAUGUCCCCGCAGUGCCGAUAGUGGUGCUGUGAGGAGUCUACCGAGGACUGAACUUAAAAAACAGCAGCCUAGCACUUCCAAUGUUAGCCGAGGUUAAUAUAUAUAUUAAUGCACCAUUACUCUAUAAUUACAGGCUCAAGGCUUCAAAAAGGAUUAUUGUCUGUAGUAUAUCGAGUACUGAUGCAUAUAUGGUCCAGCUGAUUAUAUUAGGCAUUUUCACGGUGUACCCGGAGUGAAUACCCCGUAGAGCCUGUACUAAUUAAAGCUGAUGUUUUCAAGGAAUAGAGUCACGUGAUGUAUGAGGGGAAACACAUACACUUCUCAGAGGUGGACAAUAAGCCUUUGUGCUCAUACAGCCCUAAACUCUGCAAGCAGCGCAGACUCAAUGGGUAUGCCUUCUGCAUACGGCAUGUUUUAGAGGACAAGACUGCUCCCUUUAAACAGUGUGAAUAUGUGGCCAAAUACAACAGCCAGCGAUGCACCAACCCCAUUCCUAAAGCCGAGGACCGCAGAUACUGUAACAGCCACCUGCAAGUGCUGGGCUUCAUCCCCAAAAAGGAGCGUAAGAAAAAACAUGAUGCGCUGGAUUCUGUAGCACUGAACAUCACAGUGCCCUCUUUAGCUCUCAAGGCCUCUAAUGGCUUAGAUGGUUUGCCUCCGUCUCCACCCUGUACCCGUUUGCCCCCCCUUGCUCUGACUGACGCACACCUGCUUGAUCCCUUCGCCUUUUACGAGGAAGAUUUGGAUGGAGUGGAGAGCACCACACACAAGACCUCUGUACUUAAGAGGAAGCCUGCCAGUCGGCUAGUGCUUAGUCAGCAAGGGCCACGUCAUGACGCCAACCUUCCUUCACCCACAUCAGAGCAAUUGACAUCAGUCACAGUGACCAGCACACUGCCCAAAUCACCACACCUACCACCAUCAACACCAGCAGUGCCACCUACACCUCCCCCACCCUCCCUGCAUGCUGGUCACGUUUCCUAUAUCCAGCAGGGGGCAUCACUGGCUCUGCUAUGUAAGCCAGCUCCAGCGCCUAUUGAUGCCUCUCUGGUGCCCACCACGCCCCCCUCAGCAAGCCAGCAGUAUCGGAAAAGCUUUCUCAUGUCCCCCAAUCACCCAUCUACUGGUCCUCGGGAUUGUCCACAGAGCUGCACCAUCGUUCUGCGACCCACUGCCUUCACAGCACCUCCUGCCUGCCUGUCAAGGCUACAGCAUCUUGUGCAGCUUUGUGCAGUCAGACACAAGGAGCAUGGAGACCUCUUUCCUCAUCUUGGACUGGACUGGUCAGAGGAAAGUGCUGAUGAGGAUGAAGAAGCAGAAGAGAGAAUUCCUUUAUUGCCUCAGGCAUGGAGACUGCAAGAAGGGAGUCCUUGCCACCACUAUGUUGGUGAACGUGAGGAGCCUCGGCGGUCUCGUCUGGCUCAGCUCUGUACAUAUUUGCAGGAGCGCUACAAGCACUUGUGUAGGCAAGAGAGAGCUGCCACACGCCACACCAGAUACAAAUACGCCUUUAGGAAAGCUCUGCUCCAUGCAGCUAGCAAGGACCCUGACUGUACAGGAGAACUCAUCCAGCAGCUUAGUAAAACAUCACAUGCCUCCAGCAGGCAUGCAGUACAACAGGAAGUUGAAAAAUCUGUGUGUACUGGUAGCACCAAGGGUCAAUCCUGCACCAAUCCAUCUCUGCCUUAUACACGCCACUGCUUCCAACAUAUCCUGCUGAACCGCUCACAGCAGCUCUUCUCCAGCUGUACUGCACGAUUUGCUGAUGGGCAGCAGUGCUCUGUUCCUGUCUUUGACAUCACACACCAGACACCUCUCUGUGAUGAACAUGCCAAGAAAAUGGAUAAUUUCCUACGUGGGGAUAGUAACAGGAGGGUGCAGCAACAGCAGAGGCGGCCACGUAAAAAGACCAAACCUCCAGCGUUGACAAAGAAACACAAGAAAAAGAGGAGGAAAGUCGUGCGGCGUCCCCAGAAACCCAUUCCGCCUGCCCUACCACAGGGAAACCUACCCAUGCCCCCCACAUUGGCACUGCCCACCCACCAUGCCAGUAUCAGGAGCCCCUCCACACCUGACCUCAGUGCAGAUGAACUUCCAGAUGAUAUCACCACUGAUAUAGCAGAUAUUCCAAAUGAUUUGGAGUUGAAUCAGGAGGACUUUUCUGACGUGCUGCCCAGAUUGCCUGAUGACCUGCAAGACUUUGACCUGUUUGAGGGUAAGAAUGGUGAGUUGCUUCCCACCACAGAAGAGGCAGAGGAGCUGGUUCGUGCACUGCAGGCGAUGGGCUCAUAUCCUGACACGCUGGUUUGUUUGAAUUCCAUGGCUGAACUGGCCCCGGCUGAUGACCAUCGUGCCAUGAGUGUCUUCUCUGGCUCCGGAGUCACGGUGACGGCCAUGGGCGAGCUCCUAAAUGGUCGAAUAGCAUCAGACAACUUCCCGAGUCUGGAGCUGGAGGACAAUCUCCUCCAUCACUCAGCAGAUGAGCAUUUCCCACCUUCCCUCUCUCCUCAGCCACCACCAGCCACUGCCUCUGCUCCUGCUGCUGGCUCGAACCGUACACUGAACGAGCGAACAUUCCCUCACUCGGCUCUAUCUAAACCCGAGCCUGCGCUGCCCUCCUCUCCUCCAGGGAGUCAUUACAGCAGUGACCAUGUGCCGUCUCCUUAUAGUGACCAUAUCUCCUCCCCACACUCUGUCUCCUAUCAGACUGAGCCUCCUCUCCUACUAGAGGUGCCUCUCAGUGGAUUACCAGGCACUCCUCGAUCCUCCUGGAGCAGUCUUGCCCUGUCCCUCACAGAAACAAUGCAGUUUGGGAACCUCCUGACACAGGACACUCAUCUUCUCUCCACCUCUCUGUCUACUCCUCCCUCCAUAACACACCCACCCUCUGCUCCUUCCUCUUCUCCUCCAAACUCUCCCUGUGAUCUGCUCAGUACUAGCCAGCCCAAACUGCAGCUCCCUCAGUUCAGUGCGGCCUUUGGUCAUCAGCUUGCCUCUCACAGCGGCAUCCCGAAAGACGUACAGCCCAGCCACAGUUCCACAGCACCCCCUACGGGAUUUACAAGUGCUGGUGCCACUGCUGCAGGUGCCAUCAGUGUGGCACCUACUUUCCAGCAGGGCAAGUGAAGGAAAAGGCAGGCAUGUGUACACACCCACAUCUUAGCCUUUUUCAGGGUUCUGUUAAAGCAGUUGAAGGGGAGGGAUUGUCAUGAUGUUUUUUUUUGUUGUGCCUGAGUUUGUGUGUCAUCUCGAGGCCUGGUUUAUCCCAGAACACGGGUCAGUAUGUUACUGCCUCUCCCACAUCAUCACAUCACUCACUAACCCCCACUCUGUCUCUACUUCUGUCUGCUUCGGCUUAAUGAAGCCUUGAAGUAAUGUCUGUGCUGUUUAAGAGUGCACAUUAUAUAUAAAAUCAGAUCACCAUGAGGGUGUCAAAAGAGGUGCCGAGAAUAUCCGCCAAACAACUUUUAUCCAGAAGAUUUUAUCUUGCACUGUACAUAUUAAACCUUUUAUGCAGACACUCAGAUGAAGCUUACUCAGUGGACCUAUCCUGGGCUGUAAACUUUCCUGUUCAGAGACCUCACAGGCACCUGAAAGUAAAAACCUGGUUACUCAAAGCAAUAAAGCACAUACUCUAUCAUUACAGUAUUUAAACCAUGUGUCAGUUUCAGUAAUGUACCUCACAGCAGUCAGACUGCUUGAUCAAUGUGGGUCUGUGAAAGUGUUUCUCAUUGAAAACUGAGAAAGAACUCGCAGUGCUUAGGCUGUGUAAUUUCUCAUUUAGAAAUCAUCAACAUAGCUCAUGCAGAAAACAAAUAGCUUUUAUGAUGAAAGGGAAAAAAACAGAUCUUUUUUCACCAAAUAUAAUAAUUCAAAAUGUUCCAGUCUAUGGUGCUUAUUACAUUUAGAAUAAAAUGGCUUAAUGAGGUUUCUCUUUAAAGCAGAUUGGUCUUUUAAAUGGGGCUAGACAUGAAGGCUGCAUGGCUAAAUAAUUGUUAAAUGACCCUAUCUUUGCUGUGCUGGGACCUUUGGUGCAAUUUCUACAGAGCAGGACUGUUCACACACUUCUCCUCCUCAAACUUCCACAGUAAACCAGCUUUAAACUCCACCCUAGACUGGUUGCAUGGCGAUUAAAGUGUCUUUAUCACUCGCUCUUUCCACUGAGAGGCAGCAACCUUCACUUAAUCCUGGCCUGUUUUUAAUACACUGUCAGUUGUGUCUAGAAAACAACGGUUGGGGAGAUUUUAGACAGAAUGACUAUUACAUAAUAUUGUCAGUUGUAACAUAUUUAUAGAGUAGUAAUUGAAUUUGGACAUAAUUGGCUUUUAUUGGUGAGUUUAUCUAAGUGGCAGUGAAGCAACUACAAAAUUAUUUAAAGAAAAUUAUUUGCAGGAAGCCAGGUGGAGUCCUAGUUUUGUUGUGUACCUGUCACUAGUUUUAAUGGCUAUCAAAAUUCUAGUUAUUUGAUAUUUCCAGGUGAAUGAAUGUCGUUUGUGCUUUAUUGUCUUUCAUUUGGACAAAGACUGUGACAGUAUUUUUGAUAGCUAUUAAAAUCCGGCUAGCAGUAAUAGUGGAAAGUGUGGUGUUUUGCAUGAAUACAACAACAAAUGACCCAUAUUGUGAAUUAAAUAGAUAAACAUGGAAGCUUGCAUCCAAAGUGAAAGAUUGGUGGGAAUGCAAGUGUGGUGAUGGGCAUAUUAUUUUUUCUUUAACAAAUCAAAAUGUAAUUUGAUUAACUCCCAUGAAUCGGUUAAAAUGUGAUCAUGCUGUAGCAAGUGAUUUUCAUCUUUUAAUUUGUUCUUAAAAAUCAAGGCCACAAACAGGAGUUCUGUCUUUUUGUUGAUUCAAGAAAUUAUGAGAAAUCGUUUUUCAGUACCAUCAUUUUGCAUCCCUGCAGCCGUACUAACCCCCAGAUAUACGUUGCAUUGAGAUUUACUGCACAGUCAACUUGAGUCAAUCCUAAAAACUAAGCCAUCUUCAGGGCUCCGCUGGCACUUGAAACCGCUUAAAAGCUGAACAAUGGCUGACAAAUUCCUAUACUCAGUGAAUGUACUGUAUAACUGUUUUUAAAUGAUAGGAUGAGCUAAUAAUCUAGUCACCUUUUGUUAUUGGUCCUUGUUUAAUGUCUAAGGUAUUUUUUGUAUACAAAAGUUUACAUUUUUAUGUAUAUUUUUCUUGUAUAAAAUAUGUAAUAUGUGUAUAAACAUUGUAUGGAAUACCUGUAUAUAGUGUGAGAAAAUUUGAUCUUUGUUUUUUGAUGUAUGAAUAAAACUUGCUGUGCUGAA